AGGCCCAGAAGACACAAUAAAUGAUUGUAAAAUCCUUUUUAUAGAGGAAAUGUACAAGAUUGAAAAGCCAGGAGCCUAUCCAUUGACAUUUGGGGAUGGAGAUUUCAAAAGGAAAAGUGGCCCUGAAUGCAAGCACUGUAGGGCUGAUCCAGAUAAGGAGUGCCGUUUUUGUUCAUGUUAUUUGUGUGGUGGAAAACAGGAUGCUCACAUGCAACUCCUGUGUGAUGAAUGUAAUAUGGCUUAUCAUAUCUACUGCCUGAACCCUCCCUUAAGCAAGAUACCAGAAGAUGAAGAUUGGUAUUGUCCUUCCUGCAAAAAUGAUUCUAAUGAAGUUGUAAAGGCUGGAGAAAAGCUCAAACAGAGUAAAAAGAAAGCAAAGAUGCCAUCUGCCAGUACUGAAAGCCAGAGAGACUGGGGCAAGGGCAUGGCCUGUGUUGGUCGCACUAAGGAAUGCACUAUUGUUCCUUCAAAUCAUUAUGGACCCAUACCUGGUGUUCCUGUUGGGACAACCUGGAAGUUCAGAGUUCAGGUGAGCGAAGCGGGUGUGCACAGACCACAUGUGGGUGGAAUCCAUGGACGCAGUAAUGAUGGAGCUUAUUCACUUGUGUUAGCUGGAGGAUUUGAAGAUGAAGUG